AUGGUGGAAAAGGGCAGCAAGGCGAGGAAAGAGGAGGUCGUCGCAAGGGAAUAUACAAUCAACCUCCAUAAGCGCCUUCACGGAUGCACCUUCAAGAAGAAGGCUCCAAAAGCCAUUAAGGAAAUCAGGAAGUUCGCCCAAAAGGCCAUGGGCACAACUGAUGUAAGAGUUGAUGUGAAGUUGAACAAACAAAUCUGGAGCCGUGGAAUACGAAGCGUUCCAAGAAGAAUCCGUGUCCGCAUUGCACGCAAAAGAAAUGACGAUGAAGAUGCUAAGGAGGAACUUUACUCCUUGGUAACUGUUGCAGAAAUUCCCGAGGGAGGUCUCAAGGGAUUGGGCACUCAAGUCAUUGAGGAUGAAGAAUAA